AUGGAAUCUGCAGCGCCAGCAAAGCGACAAUGGAAGGGCCGCACUGACGAGCAGAAAGCCGAGCGAGCCCGAAAGCGCCAACAACAAAAGUCCGGGCUCAAUGCGCGAGGAUCACGUACAUCGACUGGCAAGAAGCCAACGAAAGUGCAGCGCGUGUUCAACAAACUUGAUGAAUGGAAUCCAGAAGAACUGACUUUGGACCAGACUUCGCGGUGCAAGACCGACGAAGCUUUUCGUACGAAAUUGGAGAAAAUAGGCUUGGGCGCGCGCCUUGGUAAAACGAACAUGCCCAUCACCGACGAUGCGGUGAUGCGACUCGCACGCGCCUGCCCAAACCUCAAGACACUUCGGCUUGAUUCGGCUCUUCUCAUCACAGGAACGUGCAUCCCACCCAUUCUCACAGCAUGCCCAAACAUCACUUCGCUCUGCAUCACCGGCCACAACGGCCGCACAGGAAGCUUAAACCUAGACAAUCUCAAGCCCAUGGCCGACGACCCCGCCAUCUCCAUCAGCGCGCCGAAACUCAAAACCCUAGACUUGCGCCGCGCGAUCAACGCUGCACAGGAAGAAGUCUACUACGAUGUUCUGAGAGCGAUCAGAAGACCGGAGGGUCGGAAGAACAAACUGGAGGUGCUGUUCCAGCAUCCGACUUAUCAUUGGGAGAAGGGCUACAAGAAUGGCAGGGAGAAGCAGCCGAGAAUGACCCAAGCGAUGAAGGCUCAGGAGAUGCUUGAGGAGGCGAUGUGGGCGGUGAAAUGUAAUAGGGGGUUUGAUAUAGAUGAUGACGAUGAUGGGUACGGGACUGAUUAUAGUGCGAUAAGUGCGAUUAUUCAUGGGGCGAUGUAG